CGCGAGUGUGAGUGUUUUCCGCCCCCCGGAGCCGCCGGGAGCCGGGAAGGAGGGAGCGGAUCUCGGCGAGGGGAGGACUGCGCGGCGGGGCCGCGAGCAGGGGGCAGGGAGGGCGAGGAGUGACGGCGGGCGAGGAAGAAAAAUAAGCUUUUCCAAUCUCCUCCCCUCGUUUUUCACCCCCCUCGUUUCUUUUCUCUCUCAGAAGCUCUUGGGUGUGAAUCGCAUUUUCUUUCUUCUCGGCAAAAUGGACCCCGUGCCUGGGGAGGGGGAGGGGAGAAGGUGGGGAGAGAGGCGGCGGCGAGGACAGGCUUUAUUUUUCAUCUUGGCUUCCUCCUUCCCGUGGCUUCUGCCGGCGGCCGCGGUGAGGACAGCGGGCCUGGGGCGCGGCGGGGAGAGCUCGGGCCCGGCCGCUCGUCCCGAGCCCGGCCCCGCGCACCUGCCAGCAGGAUUGCCCUUUCCCCGUCGCCCAGAUGCUCUGCCGAGGUCCCGUGGCCGGGCCCGGUGGAACCCCCGCGCGGCGCGGAGGACCCGCGGCCCCUGCCAGGCGCCUCCUGCGGGGCCCGCGCUGCCCGCCCAGCCGUCCAGAGAAGACUGUGGUGGCACUUUUUUGGCUGAGAGUGCGCGGGCCGACGCGGUUCGCGACCCCGAGUCGCCCCGAAUGCGGGACGUCGGGGUGGGGUGGGGGGGCUGGAAAGCGCUAAGAUGGCGCUGGGCCUGGCCUGUCGCCAGGGCCGGUGGCGCAGUUGCUCCGCGGACGCCAUCUUCCUCGCGGCGCGGGCGGCGCCCUUCGUGGAGGUUUCGCUGGCCUAGUCGCUGCAGGCCCCCGGGCGAGGGAGCCACGCUCGGGGUGUUGAAUUCUGCAAAUGGGGCCGGGGUCGCACCACUGAGGGCCGGGGGCCGCGAAGCGUUCCCCGCGCCCCCAGACCCAAAAGCCCAGGCCGCCGGCUUGGAGCGGGAGGGGCUGGGGUCCGGCGUCUUGCUCUUUCCCACUUGUUUCUUAGGGAAGAAGUGUGUUGGGGUCGGGCUUCGGGGCUGAUAGGGUCCCUCCCUGACCCCACAGUCCCCGCGUCAAAACUGGGGAUGAGAGGUGCCGGCCAUCUCCCUCCAACCGCCUGAAGCUGGACGGCUUCGUCACCCCUGGCCCUGCUGGGAGCAGGGCAUUGUGUCCUUUCCAGCAUCCUCUUCCAGUUAAUACUUAGAAUCAAAUCAGGUUACAAAAUUGCAGAAAAGUCGAAGGCAGUGUGUGUUUGCCUCCGGUAACAUAGUUCUCUAUAGAUAUCUUAUCGUUCGUUUUUUUUGGUUUAAGUUGGUUGUAUUUUAGAGCAACACUGGAGAGGGAAAUUAAUGAAAUUAGAAAUUAAUUUUGAUAUAUUGCUUUUCUAAAAUGAGUUCUUUAUACGUUUAGAAAAUUGUUAGUUUUCUAGUCAGAUUGUCCAAAAGUCAUAGGUUCCAGUAAUUCAAAAUUUUUCCAUGUUGGUUUUCAUAUUAUUAGAAAUAGUAAUAAAUUUAAACAGUUUGUUAGAUCUCUUCCCUGAAAAAUUAGCUUUAAAACACGCUCGGAGACUUUUUUUUUCUUUUCUCUUUUCCGAAAAAAUUGCACCGUGCUUUGGUCAUUGCUUUUCUCAUUAACGUAAGGGUUCUCAGUUCCCUGAUUGACUAGUAAAAGUGUUUCCUUAAAAACAUCUAUAAUAUAUUUAUCUAUCCAGUGGUAGCUUUAUAUUAGAGAUGUGUGUAUGUGUGUGUGUUUUACCUUUGUUUUAAAUUGUUACUGAAAAGAUUUUUGGGAGAAAAAAAAUUAUAAUUCUUAUUUGUCUAGGAGUUCACAGAGAUAGAAGUAGUUAAUUUCAUGUGGAUAUAAGUAACAUAGUGGUGCCACUAGUGUGUCCAUGUUUGGCAGUGAAUAUUUUAGACCUUUUAAUAAGACCUACCGUAUAUUGGGAGUCCCUGAGUGGUGCAGAUGGACUAGUAGCCAGAAAGUUGGCAGUUGGAACCCACUCAUAGGCACCUUGGAAGACCAGCCUGAGGAUCUGCUUCCAAAAGGUCACAGCCUUGACAACCCUGUGCACAUAUGGGAUCUUUGUGACUCCAAGGCAACUAACAAUAAUGACACCACCACCACCACCGUAUAUUGAACACCGGCUAUAUGCAGGAAUUGUGCUUGUUGCUUUAUAUAAUUUCUAUUCAAUUAUCAUGUCAGCCCUGCAAUACUGAUUUUAUUAUCUAUCUACCAGGGAAGGAACUGGUGUUCAUGGAGAUAUACUAAUUGUCUAAGAAAAACCUGUUGCCAUCCAGUUGAUUCCGAUUCAUAGUGACCCUGUAGGUCUUGUGGUAUUAAGUAAUAGUGUUGGCCUUGGAUCCCAAAAGCCAUGUUCUUGGCUUUCCACCUAUCAUUUCCAAAUCUCAAUAUUAUAAUCAACUGGGGAGAUGUUUUAAAUACAGAAUGUAACAUCACUGUAUUUGCUAGGACCUGUUGGAGGUUUCCUGGUCGUAAAUAAUAUAUUAAGGUCGUAAAUAAUAAGCAAUCUCUUUUUUUUAACUGAGACUUCCAACUUCUUAAUGCCCCAGUCCCCUCCAGUAUUGAAAUUAUGGCCUCCCUAGGUUCUACUGGAAGCCCUGGUGGCAUAGUGGUUAAGAGCUAUGGCUGCUAACUAAAAGGUCAACAACAGUUUGAAUCCACCAGGUGCUCCUUGGAAACCGUAUGGGGCAGUUCUACUCUGUCCUAUAGGGUCGCUAUGAGUCGGAAUUGACUCGAUGGCAAUGGGUUUUUUUUUGUUUUUUAGGUCCUACUAAGUCUGCGUAUCUACCAAUCAAUGUUAUUCUAAAACACUCCAGGUUAUUCCAGUGUGACAGAGAUAAGCAUUUGGAAUAUCACUGUACUGCUCUAUGGACUGUACUGCUGCCUCGUUUGAAUUGGAACAUGAGAAUUGAGUUCUGUAUCAUUUUGAGUUGGAGCAGUUUUAUUGCUCACCUCAUUUUCAUUUUUAUUUUCCCCUUUCUAGCUGCCAUUUAUCAAGUUAUUGAAACUUUUCUUACAGAAAGAGGGCUUAGAUAUCCUGAGACUUUAAAAUCUCACUACAUUAAAAAUAUCUUUUUUCACUCUAACAAGAAGUUAUAUAACAUACAGACUUCUAGAUCUAGCCAAGCAAUCUAGUUUAAGCAAGGCAGUUAUGUAACAGAAAUAGAAUUGAAUCCAAAAUUGGUACAGAAAUUAGAAAUAGAGUACAAAAGAUCCUGAGAUGCAGACCUAGAGAUAAAUACUAGGAAGAAAUGAUCCUUUCCUGUAUUUUGAAUUGUGGGAGGUAUCGUUUAGGUUUUGGGAAGUAGGAUGGAGGAGGUUAUUCUAAACAUGAGCCCUGGUAAGAACAGAGUAUGUGUAAAGACACAGAAGGUCAGGAAGAAGCAUCCAGAGCAGUUGAUGAAUAGCUGACCUGACCAAAAUGAGAGAGAACCAAGUCAGUGAAGAAAUCAUUAGCUUCUCUGGGGCAAGGACCAUGAGGACCAUGUAUUUUAGUUAUUUUGUGCUUCUCCUUUAUUCUUCUCAAAUCACUGUUACAUUUACUAGUUGCUAGGUAUUAUGGUGGAGAAUGUUGAUUUUUGAUGCAAAUGUCAAGAUUAUACUAUCUUUGCAUAUGUCCAUAUUUUUCUUCUACAUUUGAAAAUUUUGGAAGGAGAAGCAGAUGAAUAUCUGUGUGAAGUCUAUAUCCAGUCUAGACCACUGGGCAGGCAGACGGGUGGGUAACUUCUACUCUUUAAUUUCUCAUGUGGUUUUUUCUCCCCUUGUUCAUGGUGAAUGUCAAAGUAAUUAUAUUCUUUGACUAAAAUACAAUGAAACUUGAAGCAAGGGGAAAUCUAAAGUAAACUUGCUGAGAGGGGAAUAGUAGCUUCUUUAGAGUAGCCUUUAGUGGGAUGGAAUUUGCUAGGACCUGCUGGAGGUUUCCUGGUUGUAAAUAAUACAUUAAACAAUCUCUUUUUUUAACUGAGACUUCCAACUUCUUAAUGCCCCAAUCCCCUCUGUAUUGAAAUUAUGGCCUCCCUAGGUCCUACUGGAAACCCUGAUGGCGUAGUGGUUAAGAGCUGUGGCUGCUAACUAAAAGGUUGGCAGUUUGAAUCCACCAGGUGCUCCUUGGAAACUCUAAAGGGGAGUUCUACGCUGUCAUGUAGGGUCACUAUGAGUCAGAAUCGACUCGACAGCAACGGAUUUUUUUUUUUUUUUAGUGGAAUGCAAGACAGAUGGCUGCUCUCAUGGAAUUUACAGUAAAGUGGGGAAAACAAAAAGUAAACAUAAAGAAUCAAGAUAAUUACAGAUUAAGAUAAAUUAUAGGAAGUUAAACUGGGGGCUCUAAAAGAGUGUUGGGGGAAGACUUGUGACUAGUAAUGGUCAAGGAGAGUCUUGAAGAGGUGACAUUUGAGCUGAGACUUGAAAUAUGUUUGUGCUAGCCAUGUGAAAAGUUGAGAAAACAUUCUAAGCCUGGGAACAAGUGCAAAGACUUGGAGGCCCGGAAAGGUGUGGGUGUUAGAACAGAGAGAAGGUUCCUUUGAGCAAGGGGCAAUAGAAUAAGAUGAAGUCAGAGAGAUCUGCACAGCCUCCUGCACAGCCUGUUGUAUCAGGCCAUAUGGGGGAUUUUUGGGUUUUAUUCUCAUGGCAGUGAGAAUCUAUUAAAGGAUUUUAAUCAAGGCAGUGACAUGUUUUUGUUUUAACAAUCACUGGCUGCUGUGUGGAGCAAGAGAGGAAGCAUUCCAAGGUUAGUGGAAUCUUAGGACAGUGCAGUGGCAGUGGAGAUGGAGAAGAGUAGAUGGCGGGUUUCAUAUAUAUUUUGGAGGUGGAAUCAGGAUUUACUUAAUGGUUUGGAUGUGGAAGGAGAGGGAGGAAUCAGGAAUACCUUUGGGUUUCUGACUUAAGCUGUGGGUGGCUCAUGGUGCCAUUUGCAAUCUGGUUGGGGAAGACUGGAAGAGGAACAGGUGGAAGGGGUGGGUAACCAGAGUUUAUGUGAACCUGUCAUGUUUUUAAAACACUUGUGAGACAUCCAGGUGUUCAGGUAUGCAGUGAAUAUUCAAGCUGAGCUGAGAGGAGUGCUCUCAACUGAACAUAAAUUUGGGGAGUCACUAGCAUACAGAUGGUACGUCAUGGAACUGGCUGAGAUCACUUGUGAUCGUAGAGGCCUCAAGAGCAAGGCCUAAGACACUUCUAAUGGUUAAGGGUUAGGCACAGGAGAAGUUAGCAAAGGAGAUUGAGAAGGCUCAGUCAUUAUAAUGGGAGAGUGACUAUCAUUUUCUAGAAAGAGGGAAUAGUCACCUCGGUCAAUUGCUGCUGAGAAGUCAAACGAUGAGAAUAGAGAAAUGUUCAUUUGGAUUUGGCCACAGGGGGGUGACUGUUUUGACAAGUAGUUUGUCACAUAUGAGAAUGGAAGCCAGAUCAAAUUGUGUUGAAGAGAGAAUGGGAAGUGAGGUGAAUGUAGAUAGCUUGUUGGGGAGGUUUUGCUGUAAAGGGAAGGGGAGAAAUGGUAUAGCAGUGGCUGGAGAGAGAGAUGGGUCAAGGAAGAGUUUUUUUUUAAAAACAGUAGGAGGUGGAUUAUUUUCAUAGGCUAUUAUCUAGUAAAGAAGGAGAGACUAAUGUAGAAUUCUUGAGAAUUCUUAAGAAGGUGAGAAGGAAUCCAAAACACAGAAAAGGGUUUGUUUUGGGUGGGAGCAAGAAGACUUGAGGGAGAGAAGGCAGGGAAUAUGGGUACAAGUGCAAGGAUUUUUAUGAAUU